UCGAAGUACUUUCUGUUAGUCUUGAAAGAUUAGUUGCGGGGUCUCUGAUUCCACCCUGACCUUUACAAUCAAAUCCUAACCUCUACGAGAGAACGAGUUCUCUCUCGCUUACUAUGUAACUUCCUGUCAACGGGUGCGGAAGAAUAGGUUUGGUUAGUUUAGCUAGCUGCCUACACAGCGAGUUACGAGGACGUGGCAAAACUGUGUUAAAAGACCGCUUACCGCAAUCCGUUGUGUAUUCCUCCCACUCUGACGGAGAGCUGCAACCAUGUUUGUGCAGUUCGCUAUUGAAGAAAGUGAGUGUAGAGAGGUAUUCCGUGGAAAAUAUAGCACGGGAUAAGUACAGAAGUGAGAGAGCUACCACAACAACACUACCAGCAGGUGCCAUGUUGUGUUUGAUGUGUAGGUGAGGAGCGCUGGAGCUUUGGUAAUGUAGUUCCCGUGUUCCUACUCCCCAUCGUGAACUGAGCUACCAGUCAAACUGCAAACGACUACAACUCCCAACCAAUCACGCACAAAUCCAGGAAGUCAGGUUUUUCAAGCCGGUUUCUAUAUCGUUACCAACAUAAAACAGAAUGGCAAAGCGGUUUACAUGUGUUGAAUGCAAUAAGGACGCGCACGAGCUUCACAGAGAUUACAAAAAUGGGAUCUUGAAGAUAACCAUAUGUGGAUCCUGCCAAAAGCCUGUAGACAAGUAUAUUGAAUAUGAUCCCGUCAUUAUUCUGAUUGAUGCCAUUUUAUGCAAAACUCAAGCAUUCAGACACAUUCUGUUCAACACUACAUUGAACAUUCACUGGAAGCUGUGUGUGUUUUGCCUGCUAUGUGAGGCCUACCUGAGGUGGUCACAACUUCAGGGAUCUGAACAGAGCAAUGACCCUGCAGACAUCAUUAGAUACACCAAGGAAUGGGAUUUCUAUGGCAUGUUUGGGGUGGCAGCUCUUGAAUUGGGUGCGUUCUCUGUCGGAGUGCUGUCCUUCCUGUGGCUGGUGCAGUGGUUGCUUGGCUUUGACUUUGAACUGAGCUUACUGCUGAAAGCCCUCCUGCUGUCCAGCUAUGGCAAAGUCCUGCUCAUCCCUGCAGUCAUAUGGGAGCAUGACUACUCCCCACUCUGCUUCAGCCUCAUCAAGCUGUUUGUGCUCACGUCCAACUCUCAAGCCAUAAGAGUCAUUCUAAACUGCAGCAGAAGGCUCUCCCUGAUGGCUGUGUGUGUGGGUCUGCUGUUAGAAACGUGCGUAGCCCAGGCGUUGCAGACGCUUCCAUGGAGCAUACAGGACUUCCUGCCGUUCCAGUGACCUGUUUCAGGCCAGUCCUGAAGAACACACUGUUACAAUGGCACCUAUUAUACCCUGGACCAGAGUGGUGAGGAGAAACUGGCAGUGCUGUGUGGAGUGUGCCUAGUGAUAUACAGUGAUUUCCAAAAGUAUUUGGACAGUGACAGUUUUUUUUUACAACACUUUGGAUUUUAAAUUAUACAAUGACUGAUGUUAAAGGCCCAGUGCAGUGAAAAAUGAUUUUUUUCUUCAUAUUGUACAACAGCUGAUGAAACUGACACUGUAAUAAUGUAAACAAUUUUAUCAGUGUUAUUUCCUGAUUUGUUUCUGGUUGAAAAUAAAAAUCUACACAUGACCUUCUAAAUCAGCAGGUUUGCAUGAGCGGGAGCUUUGGCUUGCCUGGUGACAUCAGCAGGUGGUAAUUGGUUAAUAAACCAACAACAAAGAAUUCCAAACAUAUCUGCCAAUAACAGCUAGUUUUCAGUUUUCUCUUCCCUACUCAGACCACUCCCAGAUAGUUCUAGCAAAAUUCCUGCUUGAUAAAUAUUUGUUUGCUAAAAAAACCUAUUUUUGUUAAUUUUGAUGGAAAACUAAUACAGUAAGGUACCUAAUUGUUACCCAGAAAUUAUUUGAUCUUGUUAUAAAAAAUAGUUGCAUUGGGCCUUUAAAGUUAAGACUGUCGGCUUUAAUUUGAGGCCAUAUUCAUUCAUAUCAGUUGAACCGUUCAGAAAUUGCAUAACUUUUUGUACAUUGUGCCCCCAUUUUAGGAAACCAAAAGUAUUUGGACAAAUUCACUUAUGUGUAUUAAGGUAUUCAAAACUUUAGUAGUUGUUCCCAUAUUCCUAGAAUGAAAUGACUACAUCAAGCUUGUGACUCUACCAACUUGUUGGAUACAUUUGCAGUUUGUUUUGGUUGUGUUUCAGAUUAUUUUGUGCCU